UUGUCCUCCGGAUCAUAUACAACGCCCUCACACGAACGUUUUCGACUUUACGAGGUUAACGAAUAUUUGGAGAUUUUGUGUUGUAAGUGAACUUAACACAACGUAGAAACACGAUUUUGUGUGAAGAAAGACGGUUUUUAGUGACAUUUGAAGAGACCUGUGCCAGCCGGUCGCGAGCUAAACACAAAGGAUUAGUAAGUUAUAUCCAGCACGCAGCAGAACGGAUAGUACACCCUUCCGUUGCGUCCUCUACAUUGAUGACAGCGCCGACGGUGAUAAUUUUCUGAAAUUUUUGUUGUUAAUGCCCCCUGUGUCCUGUGAUCGAAAGCAUCCGCGUUGUCUUAAAGCUUUCCGACAGAAUGCGCAACUUCGGAACUUCCGAUGUCUGACGAAAGUCUACGGUUUGAAAACCGUGGAGGCCUGCUACGAAUUUCCACAUGCUCCUUAAGCGCGCAAUCACAUUUUGCCCAUGUCAUCAUCCUCGUUCGCAUUACCCGCUUCGCGAGUUACAUGGCAUUUCGCGGCAGCGUGUGUCGCACCUAUCUUUCAAUCUUGUUUGACUUUCCAAUGAUAUAACACUGAUCCUCGAUUACGAGGAUUCCAACGCAUGAUGAAUUGAAUCACUUUCGAUCCCUGUCAUUCAUUCGCUCUUUCGUAUCUUCAAUUUCUUUACCUCAAUGUAUUGAUUUUCCUUUAAUUUUGCACGAUUCAUGAUUCAUGAUGUCUUGUGCUUUCCCACCGAUAGACUAGUGGUGAUCCCAUAUUUCGACUAUUUCCGAAUAUUCUUAUGUAUUCACUUGUUUUCGGAUGUACUCGAAUGCAAAACCGCUUACACUUAUGGAUUCCUGCGACACGAAUAUUGUCAUAUUUCAUUUGUAUGAUGUUUGGACUUUAUAGCAUUCCAAUAAUAAUUCGAUAACUAUUUAAAUGAUCGCAUAUCCUUAAUGAUAUUUAUUUAUAUAGAUAUUUAAGUUUUUUAUUUUGAGAACUAUAUGUUGCACGGUGUAUUUUUUAAUUUUCAAGUCAUAAGUGAUUGAAUAUACAUAUAAAUACUCUCUUAUCAAUUAGAUGUAGUAUAUUAAUGAGAGAAGGUACACUUUUAUGAAUUAAUGAUUUGACCAUGACAAGUAAUAUAACAACGAUUAAGUUAGAAGAGGAGCAAGAAUCUGUAACAGAGAUACAGACUUACUUAGAAACAUUUAAUAGAGAAAUAGAAGGAGGUCAAGGCGAGCAAUUGCACCAUGUACAGUUGCAACAAGUGGAAGGAUUGUCAGGUGGUGAAGAAGGUGGAACUUACUUUGUUGACCAAUCUGGUCAAUAUUACUACCAAGCAAACAAUGAUGAAACACCUGUGAUGACACAGGUACAAAUCCAAGAAGUAGAAGAAACAGAUGUACAAAAUGAAGAUGAAACACUUGAAGAAGAAGAAUUCCAUGAAAUUGGAGAAUUAGAAAAUGUUGAUGGUGAUGAAGAUGGGCAGAUAGCUAGUAAUGAAAAUAACGAGGUUGUAAUCAAUUCUGGAGAUCCGUAUCAAACAGUUACUAUUGUACCAUCUGCUACUAAUUCUGAUGAAGUCAGUUAUGUAUUAAUAGUUGAACAACCAAAUGAGGAGGAUAAGGAAAGCAGACUGGUAGAGCAAGAGGGAACUGAAGGUGAAGAAGGAAAAGGAGAACAAGAUCUUACAGUUUAUGACUUUGAAGAUAAUGAAGAUAAUGAAGUACCUGUGGAAUCAGAAGUAGAAGAUGACAAAACUAAGAUUGUAAAAAUUUUACCUAAAAAGUCCCAAACUGUUACUCAAGCUCAUAUGUGUAAUUACUGUAACUACACAAGUCCGAAACGAUAUCUGCUGUCACGACAUAUGAAAUCACAUUCUGAGGAAAGGCCACAUAAAUGUAGCGUUUGUGAAAGAGGAUUUAAAACACUGGCCUCGCUUCAAAAUCAUGUUAAUACACAUACUGGGACCAAGCCACAUCGUUGUAAAUUUUGUGAAAGUGCAUUCACAACUUCUGGUGAACUUGUUAGACAUGUUCGAUAUAGACACACCCAUGAAAAGCCACAUAAAUGUCCUGAAUGUGAUUAUGCAUCUGUUGAAUUGUCUAAACUCCAUCGUCAUAUUCGGUGUCAUACAGGCGAACGUCCAUAUCAGUGUCCACAUUGUACAUAUGCAAGUCCUGAUACUUUCAAGCUAAAACGCCAUUUGCGCAUACAUACAGGAGAAAAACCAUACGAGUGUGACUUUUGUCAGGCAAGGUUUACUCAGUCUAACAGCUUAAAAGCUCACAAAUUGAUACAUAACGUUGGGAGCAAGCCAGUCUUUCAAUGUGAAUUAUGUCCAGUAACUUGUAGGAGAAAAACAGAUCUCAGAAUUCAUGUACAAAAAUUACACACCUCUGAUAAACCUUUGAAAUGUAAACGCUGUGGAAAAUCAUUCCCAGACAGAUAUAGCUACAAACUGCAUAGUAAAACUCACGAAGGAGAAAAGUGUUAUAAAUGUGAUUUAUGCCCAUAUGCUUCUAUAUCCGAGCGCCAUCUCGAAAGCCACAUGUUAAUUCAUACUGACCAAAAACCAUAUCAAUGUGAUCAUUGCUUUCAAUCAUUCAGGCAAAAACAACUUCUUAAACGGCAUUGUAACUUGUAUCAUAAUCCUUCUUAUGUUCCUCCUGCACCUCAAGAGAAGUCACAUCAAUGCCCUGAAUGUGAACGAUCGUUCAGGCAUAAAGGAAACCUAAUUCGACAUAUGGCUGUGCAUGAUCCAGAGUCAUCCAUUCAAGAAAAGCAACAAGCAUUGAAGAUGGGAAGACAGAAAAAGAUUCAAAUAAUAGACGGGCAAAGAGUCGAGGUCAUGACAGGCGAUUUGGCUACUAAGCUUAAAGAUUAUGAAGAAGAAGAUGAAGAUGAUGUGAUGGCAGUCGAGGGAAAUGAUGGCCAGCAAUACGUUGUAUUGGAGGUUAUACAGCUAGCUGACAAUCAAGGAACUGAUCAACAAAUGGCUGUCGUAGCUAAUGAAGAUGGAGAUUUAUUGAUGCAAGAUUCUUUGAGUCAAGAAAGUGGCAUUGUAACUGGUAAAAUUGAGGAAGGAGAUGAAGUAAAAGAAGAAGAUAUGGAAAUAGAUGAGUUGAAAAUGGAACCAGAAACGUGUACUAAAUCUUUGUCGCGGAACAUGCAAAGCGAUCCAAAAUUACAGAAAGAAAUGGAAACAUGUUUUGGUUUUGACGAGGAAGAGGAGGAAGAAGAAGAAGCCAAUGACAAUAUAAAUAUAUUGCAUACAAUUUCUUAAUAAGAAAAAUGAGUGUGAGGAAAUCUAUCUAUGUAAUAGUCAAAUGUCUUAUCUCUCUCGCAGUAACAGUGUAUGUACUGUGAGUGCUGUUUAAUAUUAUUUAAAGACUCUGUGAAUAGCUCCAAUGGAGCCAAUUUUCGGAUCCAGCGUGAUCUAUACGAAUAGUACAAGAACAUCCUUUGCCAUUAGUGUGUUAGACAUAUGUAAUAGUUUAUGAAGAAACAGUUUUGUGGUUUAGUAAUAUAUAAAGUGAAUGUACAAUUAUAUUAGUUGUGCAAGAAAGUAAUGGCAAAUUUUUACUCGGUAAUAUGCACGCGUUGCCAAUUUACGGUCAUUACUUUCGUAUACACCUAAUUAUAAUUUUACUUCAUUUUCAGUCAAAUUUGUGCUUUGAAAAUUUUAAAUCAGCGAAACCUUUGCAAAUAAGAUCGGAUAUAAUAUCAGCAUAGAUUGAUCUAAUAUUUUUAAAUCAGCCAUUUAAUAAACGUUAACAUAAAAGCAUAGAAUGUAGCAAAGUGUUGAUAUUGAUUGAUUCGUUCAUUGUUGAUAUGUGGUUAAUGGAACUAAAACUGCAGAAUUAUGCGAGGCUCCAAUGUAUAUACAUACUUCUCAUUAUAUUUCAUUUUAUAGAUAAACAUUGUAUUCUAUAAAUAAUUAGAGGGAAUGUAAGUGGUAAAUUUAACGGUCGAUCGAGUUUUGUGUUAUUUAAUAUGAAUGACGUCUGUAUAUUUAUAGGAAUGUACAUAAGUAAUAUAUAAUGCAAAAAAAAAAAAAAAAAAAAAAAAAUUAGAAAUUUUUCAUUGACUUGAGAGAUGUUACAUUUGUGAUUGUAUAGGAGUAUUUUAUAGUAAUAAUACACGGUCAUUCUAUGAAUAAGUAGAAUGAAUAUUAAUGAUGUACUGUUAACGAUUAUGAUUAUAAGAUCAAGUGUUUUGCGGAUAUAAGAUAUGAAUGGAUAUAAGUAUGAAUGACAUAAAGUAAUUUGAAGUUAAGUGUAAUCUUAUAAUUAUUAUAAUUGUAAUAAUUUUUUAUUUCUCUUUUAUUAAUUACAUUCUCUCCAAAAGAUAGAAUUUUUAGAAUGCACCUUUUUUCCACGUUGGUCGUAACCAUUAUAGCAAAACAUGAAUAUACUAAUAAGAAAAUAUUACGUAUGUUUGUAAAGAAGGAUAAAACUUUUAAACAAUUGAAUCUGUUUGCGUUUUGUUGACAGAUUAGAUUAUUGUAUAGUUUUUUGAUCGCAUAGCAUCCAUAAAACGACAAUUUUCUAUCAAUUCAAUAUCAAGAGAAAUUGACAUUGUAAAAUCCUUGUAAAAUUGUAUAUACAAUAGUGUAUACUGUUGUAAAUGAGCAGUUGCUAAUUUUGUGCUAUUCAAAUCGCAGUACUAUCAUACAAUAUCCCAAAGAAAAAGUGGUGUAACAUGUUCUCUAUAAUAAACAUUUUGUCUUCAACGA